UUGCAUAGAUAGACCGAUAAUUUUGCGGGCAUAGCCGCAUAGAAUAUUUGGGCAUUCCAUUCGCCCGUGGAAGGGAAGUCUUAGGAAAUGGCAUAUGAGUAAUUAUGUAUUCGAAUCCAACACUCAUUUCCCGCCCAAAACCGGAAUAUUUAUUAUCUGGAGCCUUCUCACAGCUUCAUUUUUAUUUUUUAUUCCAAUUUUGAGAUAGAGCUUAGCUUCAAGUGGAACCGUCCCGAUGUCUAAGAAACGAGGUCUUUCAUUAGAAGAGAAGCGUGAGAAGAUUCUAGAAAUAUUUUAUGAGUCACAAAGCUUCUUUCUGCUGAAGGAGCUUGAGAAGUUGGGUCCCAAGAAAGGUGUGAUUGCCCAGUCAGUGAAAGAUGUUGUCCAAAGUUUAGUAGACGAUGAUCUUGUUUCAAAGGACAAGAUUGGGACUUCUGUAUACUUUUGGAGCCUACCUAGCUGUGCAGGUAAUCAGUUGAGGAAUGUCUAUCAAAAACUUGAAUCUGAUCUGCAAAGCAGUAAAAAGCGAUUUGAAGAACUUGUUGAUCAGUGUGAUGCAUUAAAAAAGGGCCGGGAAGAAUCUGAUGAAAGAGAGGAAGCUGUAGAGGAGCUGAAAGAUAUUGAACUGAAGUACAAUGAGUUGAAGGAUGAGAUGGGACAAUAUGCAGACAAUGAUCCAGCUGCCUUUGAGGCAAUGAAAAGUGCAACUGAAGUCGCCCAUGCAGCUGCUAACAGAUGGACAGACAACAUCUUCACUCUGCAACACUGGUGUUCAAAGAACUUUCCUCAGGCUAAAGAGCAGCUUGAACACCUCUACAGAGAGGCAGGAAUAACUGAUGAUUUUGACUAUUUGGAGACAUCACCGGUUGUUCAACUCAGCUCAACUGAAAAGCUGGAAGGGGGUGGAGUAACGCUGGCAACCUUUCACCAGCACCAACCAGCACAAGUGACGGGGUAGCAAUUGAUCAGGGAAUUGCUUAUGUUCUAAUGCUGCUUGCUUUGGUUCUUACUUAUAUCAUUCACUGACGGAUAGAAAUGGUCUGCUAUAUUUCUUAUUUCUUCUUCCAAAUUAUAUAUUCUACGUGUCCUCUCUGUUUGUCUUCUUCAAUGUCUACAAGGAAUGGUAUAAUUUUAGGCUUAUAGCUUCAUCGUACCAUGUGGCUGCAAGAAACAACUCACUGUUCUUCACGUUACGUGAAGCACAACUUAAUUAGGUUGUCUGUAAUGUUAAAUUAUUAACAACUAUCAAAUCUGGCCCCCUAAGUAACUUGAUAAUGAUUUCAAAUAAAUCUAUUUCUAUUUGUGCUCC